AUGUCUACCUUCACUGUAGUAGUUCUCUGCCUCCAAGCUUGCUUGAUCCAGAACGCUUUCGCGUGGAUCGCCGAGCCAGCAUAUGGACCUCUCGCUAACCCAGCUUGGGGCCCCGCCGCUGCACCAUUCGCCCCUGCCUCAUUCGCCCCAGCACCUUUCGCCCCAGGUCCAUAUGCCCCCGCUUCAUUCGCUCCCGCUCUAGAACCCGCCGCGUACGGUGGUGAGGGUAUCGGUGAUGUAGCAGUCGCCGGUGAGAUGCCAGUCGCUGGUACCACCAUGGUAGCCGGUCAGGUCCCAAUCCUCGGAGCUGUGCGCUUCGCCGGUGACCUGCCAGCUGGUGGUGUCGUCUCCAUCGCCGGUAGCUGCGGAUGCGGAAGAUCUCCCUACAUGUACUAG